AUCAAAGGAAAAACCAACAUGGAUGAAUCUGAAACCAUUAUCAAGGAGAGGUCUCUGCAACGAGCUUUGAUGCCACCUAUGCCUGGCUGUAAUCACCACGGCCGUGCUUCUCUCCUGGAACAGCGGUUACUUCCAGGAAUUGGGCUCAAUACAAUGCAAUCAAGUUCAGCAGAUGAAAAGCCUUCAAAAGGACAGCUUACAAUCUUCUAUGCUGGAACUAUUAAUGUCUAUGACAAUGUUCCCAUUGAAAAGGCUCAAGCCAUCAUGCUUCUGGCUGGAGAGAGCUCUCUGUCAAGGCCUAAACCAAAGGAAAUAUCGAAAACAGAUGCCAAAACACCCGAUUUUCCCCUCAACUUCGACUCUUCAGCAUGUAACCUUACUGGCCCUGAUCUUCUGAUUGCCAGAAAGCUUUCCAUCCAACAUUUUCUGGAAAGACGCCGCCAUAGGAUUAUAAAUAGGUCUCCUUAUUCCUCUUCCGGUAAAGAUCAGAAGGACCACAAUGAAACCAAGCCACACAAGGGUUCCAGCCAAAUUCAAGGCACUUCACUUCGCCAUUUCCUUCGCGUUUAGGAUACUUUCUUUCCUGUAUCAGCAAUGAAUAAGGGUUGUUAAUUAGGGUUUUAUCAUAGAUUAACAUUGUUAAAUUGGGAUUAACCUCGGGGAGAAAACAAACAAUAUAAUCCAAUUACAAUC